CAGGCGGCGCUGCGGGACGGGGCGCGGCGCGGUGAUGGCGGCGGUGCGGGCCGCGCUGCUGGCGCCGCUGCUGGCGCUUUGCCGGGGCGGGCCGGGACCGGCACCGGCACCGGCACCGGGACCGGGGUCAGGGCCCGCCGCCCGCGUCGAGGUGGCGGUGGCCGGGCCCGGGCCGGGGAAUGGGGCCGGGAACGGGGCGGGGAUGGCGGCGGGGCCCGGCGGGUCCUACACGCUGCGCGGGGCCGUGCUGGGCGCGGGGGGCGGCCGGGGGGCUCCGCGGCGGGGCGAGGAGGAGGAGGAGGAGGACGAAGAGGAGAUCCGCGGCCGCCUGCUGCUGGUGGGAGACGCGGAGCCCGAGCUGGGCGCUGCCGACAGCUGGAUCGGCGUGGUGCCCGUCGGCGAGGAGCCGGCCGAGGUCCCCCGGGGUGCCAAGGAGGAGUCCUUCACCGCCGCCGUCGUCAGCAAGAUGAAGCGAGCCCUGGUGCUGGGGGCAUCAGCCCUGCUCAUCCUGGCGCUGAACCAGAACGCCAUCCGGGAGCUGGACGUUUCCCAGCUUCUUGCCAAGCCUGUGAUCGUGAUCCAGUCCUCGGACAACGUCACCAAGCUGCUGGGAGCGCUGCUGCGCGGUCUCCGGGCUACGGCGAAGAUCACGUACCAGGCGGUGCUGCUGGAGAACCUGGGAGUGACCCUCACCCUGUGGUCGACCUGCGGCCUCUCCCGAGGGGGCCUCUACGGGGAGUGGCAGGGGGUCAUCUGCACGGGGGAGAACAGCUCGCAGGUCCAGAAGUAUCUCCAGCAGCUGUGGAACACCAUCCUGCUGAUCGCCCUGCUCCUCUGCACCGGGGUGAUCGUGCAGGCCCAGCGGCAGUCGCGGCAAGACCCGUCAGAGCAGGAUGCCGAGCUGGACCUGAAGCAGCACAUUCGGCGGCGGCUGUCGGCGCUGAAAACACGGCGGUACCAUCCCGGCAAACCACUCCGGAGCCGGGCCUGCGAGAUCGAUAGCUGUGCCGUCUGCUUGGACCAGUUCCACAAGAGCCAGUGGCUGCGGGUGCUGCCCUGCUCCCACGAGUUUCACCGGGACUGCGUGGACCCCUGGCUUCUCCUCCAGCAGACCUGUCCCCUCUGCAAGCGCAACAUCCUGGGGAACUGCUGCACGGAGAGCUAGCUGGCCUGACGGACGCGCUCCAGGGACAGACCCACUGCCGCUCCGGGGAGAGGGAGGGGGGCAAGGGGUGCUGGGCAAGCGGCGCUCGCUGCUGGAGCAGAUUUGGCGCGGCUGUGCCCGUCGCAACGCGUGGCCAUUUGGAGACUGAAGGAUCUCGGGGCUCUCCCUGCUGGGCCUGAGUAGAGGGGUGGGGGGGGUCCAGACAGCCAGUGCUGGGGGGCUGGGGGAGUGGGUGCCGGGAAAGGAAGCUACAGGGGCACCCAUGGGUGUAACGGGGUGGGGGCACGGAAGCUGGAGGCAGGGAGAGCCCUGGCCCAGCUGCACUCUUUCCCUGCUCGUAGUAAUUUUUCUAAGUCUCCUUUAUUUUUAUUUUUAUUUUCUAUUUGCCAGCGGCUGUGGCAGGGUGGGCUUGGGGCCGUUCUGCGCCCGAGCCCGGCGGGGCGGCCUGAGCCCCUCUGCACCACAGCUGCAUUGGGUGGCAGAUCUGCCACAGCCAGGGACAGAGCUGGCAGGGCUGCGGGGCGACCUGCCGCCUCGCUGCAGGAGGGCAGGGGGGCUGAACGCUUUAUUUAUACUAACUUAUUAGAAAGGACGGCACAAGUCAGGUGCAGAGACUGAA